UAGAAUAAAACAAGUGCGAUAACGCUAAAAACUUCGGGAUACACCUCACUACUUCUCUUCUCUCAUUCCAAAGAACCAAAAUCGCUAAACGAAACAAGAAAGCCCAAACUAACCAAAACCAAAACCAAUUCAAUUCAUUCAUGCACAUUUCUCGCUCUGUAUUCUCCGCCUCUUUUCUUCUAUCUAUUAACUCACUCCCACCUCCCAAUUCCCUCUUUCUCUCUCCACCUCAACAAUGGCAGAUAACACUCAAACUCAGACCAAUGAAGUCAACCCAAACCAACCCGUAAACAUUUUCUCACUAUUUACCAAAUUCAUCCAUCAAUUCCCAUUUUUCAAGCCAAAGCCCAACACAGAAUCCGCUUCUGUUGCUGAAGUUGAACCAAGACAAGGAAGGGCUGCUGUUGAUGGUGGAGAGAGUUCGAAGCCUGACAUAGUGAGGUUCCCCAAGGCUCAGCUGGCGGUUCCUCCUCCUGUGGCUGUGGAGAAUCAUGAGACUGGAAAGACUUCGAAUCCAGUCAUCAUCUGGCAGGUUUAUGCACUUGGAGGUUUUCUUGUUUUGAAAUGGGUUUUGGCAAGGUGGAAGGAAAGGAAGGGCCAGAAGGAUGAUUCUUCUGAUGAAGAUCAACCACCAGCUGAAUAGGUAACUCGGUUUGACUUGUAAUAUACCUCAAACAUCGGAAUAUUGUAGACAAAAUCUUCUCUCGAGCUUUUUUUUGGCUGGUGGUUUGAAGUUUUACAUUUUCUUUUUCAUAACCUACUUUUCACCUUUGGUAACAAAAAUUAUUUCAUGUAUGUUUUCUUAGCAACAUAGGUCUGUAGACUUGAGUUUCAACUCCAGCUUAAUAUAUAGUAAGUUUUUAUCACAUAAAA